GUGGUGGCUGCCAUGAUUCAUCCGGGCGGUGGACGCAACGAUAUUCCUCAGCGUCUGAAGCGUCGCUUCAAUAUAUUCAACUGUACAUUACCCAGCAAUGCUUCACUGGACAAAGUGUUCAGUAGUCUUGGUCUGGGUCAUUUUUGUCAGGAGCGUGGCUUUUCAAGUGAUUUGCACUCCCUCGUUGACAAGCUAGUCGUCUGUACACGGCAAUUAUGGCAGCGGGUCAAGGCAAAGAUGCUUCCAACGCCAGCCAAGUUUCAUUAUGUCUUCAAUUUGCGCGAUAUAAGCCGUAUCUGGCAAGGAAUGCUGAACAGCCUUAAUGAAGUGAUGUCAAGCCCUGGGAUCUUAUUAUCCCUUUGGAGGCAUGAGUGUACCCGUGUGAUAGCAGACAGAUUUACAGACCUAACAGACAAAACGUGGUUCGACAAAACCCUUAAAUCUUGUGCCGAAGAAUUUUUCGAUCAAAGCACAUUUUCCCAUAUGCAAGAAGAGCCAUACUUUGUCGACUUCCUGCGUGAUGCGCCUGAACCAACUGGCGAAGAAGCAGAAGACGCUGACAUGGAGACACCAAAAAUCUAUGAGCCCAUUCCUAGCCUCGAAGCACUAGAGGAAAGAUUAAAAUCUUUCAUGCAGAUGUACAAUGAAACAGUACGUGGAAGCAAGUUGGACAUGGUGUUCUUCAAGGAUGCUAUGACGCACUUGGUGAAGAUCUCACGCAUAAUUCGUACCCCGAAAGGCCAUGCACUACUUGUUGGUGUGGGAGGAUCAGGAAAGCAAUCACUCACCAGACUUGCCUCUUUCAUUGCCGGCUAUCAAACUUUUCAAAUCACGUUGAGCAGGUAA